GCAUCGAAUCCAACAGGGCCCAAAUGCCGGCGCGGUGAGCUCACCUGCCUGAAUGGCGCAGCUCGACUCCAUCCCUUGUUGGCCCCCUUUGCCCACUGACAUCACCGCCAGGAACAUCGCUCUCUCCCCGUCACGAGCGGCGUCGCCCGCGGCUUUUAUUUUCAUCCGCCUCUCCGAAACCCUCUGUCUUAUCGUUAUUGUCAUCUACCGGCUCCUUACGGUGGCCGGCGCGUUCCCUUCCCAGCACCAUGCCUAUCCGCGUGAGGUCAAAAGCGCAGCCGGUGCGCGAUAUGAGCCCCGUGUCUGCCAGGAUGGACUUCGACCUCCCCGACAUUGCCGAAGACGACUCAUUCCGCCAGGUCGUGCGCAAGCUAUCUACAUACUUCUACGACGCCAUCGAGCUGCCCAGCACGUUUGAGCAGCUUAGGACAACUGCGGCUGGCAAUUGCAUACGCGUGCUCGUCGACCACCUCAACAACACCUGCACCAACCCUGCCAUUGUCAAUGCGCUACUCGCUCUCAAGUGGCACUAUGCCGCCGAUAGCGAGCAUCAGGGCCUAGGCGAGGCCCGAUCCAAUGCCUGCGAGAUCGUCGCCUGGCGCUUCCUCUCUCGGCUCUCUGAACGGGAGGCCAUGAAUUACUGCCUCUACGAGAUCCCGGACCCCAAGGGAGACGAGGAUGAGCCACCUGUCGAGCGCGACCAGGAAGCUGGCGAGACCUCCCCCCUGUUGCCGCGCAUCCUGCCCAGCACCGGCGAUGACGCCGGGCAGCGUCCGGCUGGCAGCUCGGCCAAAAAGGCUACUCUACUUAGCUCGUUGUCCAGACUGACCAACGCUAGCGAAGAGGCGUCUGAUGACCUCGACCCGACCAUCGCCUUCAAAGGCCUCAAUGCGUUGGAGAUAGCAGCCAUUGCCGACGCCAAGCGUUUCCUCAGUCAGCAUGCCGUGCAAAAGAUCAUCACUGGCAUUUGGAACGGGGACAUUGUGUUUUGGGAUUCGCUGUCUGUGCACGCCUCCAAGAAGCACAAAUAUUACAAUCCGCAAAAGUCGGACCCGUUCUCUCGCUUGCGUGUUCCCAAGUACCUGAAGAGCUGGGAGGUACUUUUUUUUGCAGUGUUUCUUGGCCUCUAUUACACGGUGCUCAUCGUACGCGACGAGGAGCACAUUACCGUCACGGAAACCAUCCUAUAUCUGUGGAUUGCGGCCUUUUUCUAUGAUGAACUGACCGAAUGGAUGGAUGCCGGGUCCGUCUUCUACACCACAGAUAUAUGGAACUUGUUUGACAUGAUAAUGAUCUUCAUCGGCUUCACCUUCGGCGUUCUCAGGAUCAUUGGAAUCACACAGCAAGACAAGCAGCUUACCGAUGUCGCAUUCAACGUGCUCUCCCUGGAGGCAUUAUUUAUGAUGCCUCGUAUCUGCUCCAUCCUGAGCUUGAGUCCGUACUGGGGUACCUUGAUUCCCUGUCUCAAGGAGAUGGGCAAGGACUUCCUCAAGUUCAUGGUGCUCGUCGUCAUCAUCUACUUUGGCUUCCUGACCACCUUUUCACUCGUCGGCCGUGAUACCUUUGGCCUUGGCAGGAUGACAGGUAUCCUUACCAAGAUCUUCUUUGGCUCCAGCUACGUCGGCUUCGAGAUCAUGAACCAGAUUGACCCCAUCUUCGGACCGCCGCUGAUGAUCAUCUUCAUCACCCUCUCAUCCAUUCUUCUGACUGGCUCCCUCACGGGUAUGCUGUCCAACAGCUUCUCCCGCGUCAUCACUCACGCAAAGGAGGAGUAUCUCUAUGUUUAUAGCGUCUACGUCUUGGAGGCGUCCACAAGUAAUAGGCUUACGCAUUUCUACCCUCCCUUCAACCUCCUCGCCCUGGCGAUAUUCCGGCCUCUCCGUCUCAUUUUCCGCCGGGAUGACAAGUUUCGCCAGGGCCGCAUCGUCCUGCUCAAGGUCACACACCUGCCCAUUGUAGGGGCAAUCCAACUGUAUGAGCUUGUUAGACGCAGGGUCACUGCUUCUGGCACGUUCAAGGGACCUAAGGAGGCCAAGAGAAGGCAGCCUCGGCCGUUCGCGAGGCCCACGUCUGGCAACCAUAGCCGGCAGCUGUGGCCGUCUACACCGCGCAUCGGAUCACGCUCAACUGAGCGCCGACGUGAAGACGACGACCUGAUGGAAGCGCCGACUGCUGUUGAGGCGCAGAUCUUGGAGCUGACGAGCAAAAUUGAGAAGCUAACUGCGGCUGUAAUGGCUCUUCAGGAGAGCCCGUCGGCGUCGAAGGUCACAUCAGAAAACCUCAGUGCGUCGGCGUCCUGAGGCGUUACCGCUUGAACCUGCGAGGCGGAUGUGCGAUGUUGUAAUUGGUGUAUGGUGCAGCUUGAGAAUGGUGGCGAAACCGGAUGCCGAAUGACUCUCUGAACCUAGAAGACGUUUCCGUGGUGCAGGUGGUACCUUUGUUCAUCCUGAAUAUGCGUGAAUUCUUCGUAGUUGAGCUCUAUCGAACAGGGUUAGACGUUGGCAAAUCCUAC